GUGGAUGUCUCUCUCUCUCUCUCCCUCUGCCUGUCUGUCUCUCUCUCCUGUUCAACCUGCUGGUAUCACCAGCAGCGAUGCAGAGGAAACACACUGAAGCGGCCCCGGUGUUUUAUUAAAAACAACAUUGAACCGCAGUAUUUAUUGUUUUACUUCAUGUUCAUCCACUCUACUAGUCGUGGAGCUGCGGGGGAUGGUGUCGCCUCCUGAAGCCCGAUAAUCAGACGCAAAGGCCGGCGGCAGGGAGGGCUAGCUGGCUGGAGUUAAAGCCAGGGCUCCUGUGUGAAUCUCGGCCUCAGAGCAGGAUUUUAUCUGGACUGUUUUGUGGAUAUUUGGAUCGUCUUUGUAGGUAGUUCUCCCGGUCCUGGUGGGGGAUCUAUUCUGGCUUCAGUUGUGCUCCGUGCUUGAUGCCCCGGAGACCCCGGAGGAGCUCAGACUGCGGAGCCCCGGAGCAGGGCUCGGACACCGGGGAAGCAGAGGAGGAGUUUGUCUGUCUGAUUGGACCCCUCCCAUCAUGAACCCUAUGAACCAGAUGAAGGCUGGACUGGCCAACAAUCCACACAGCGAUGGUUCAUACCCCUACGACCCCUCCAGCUGGCAGCAACAAACCAAUCAGCCCACAGGAUCACUCUCCGUGGUAACCACCGUCUGGGGAGUCACCAAUCCCUCAGCCAGCCAGGGUCUGGGUGGAGGGGUGAUGGGGCCAGGGUCGAACCAAGGAGGGGGACCCAUGAUGCAGGGCCCCGGGGGUCCGGGAAUGGCCGGGGGACCCGGAGGCUACAUGGGCCAGCAGGGCUACGGAGAGCCAAACAAAGGCUACAUGAACCAGGGCAUGUACGGCCGGACGAGUGGGGGCUACGCUGGAGGACCGGGGGGGUACGCAGGGAGUUACCAGUCGAACCCCGGAGGCUCUCGAGGCUCGACUGACUUCACUCAGGCAGCUGCUGCUGCAGCAGUCGCCGCUGCUGCUGCCACGGCAACCGCCACGGCCACGGCAACAGUCGCCGCCAUCCAGGAGAAACAAAACCAGGAAAUGAACUACGGACAGAUGGGAGGUCCAGCCUAUAACAACCAGUUCAUGGCUCACUCCGGCCCCCGCGGACCCCCUGGCAUGGCCCCUGGAGGUAUGGGCCCCGGUCCUGGACCUAACAGAGGACCCCCCACAAUGGGCCCAAUGUACGGACCAGGAGGCGGCCCCCAGAGGGUCGCUCAGCAUCCAAACUACGGCCCUGGACCACAGCAGGGCCACCUGAGGCCGCCACAGGGUCUCAAACGGCCGUACAGCUCUGAGUCGUUCCAAGGCAUGUCUCAGCAGUACGGCGUCCCCGUUGGUUCUAGUGUGAACGUGAUGCAGGGUUCUGGUGGUCCAGGUGGUUCUAUGCCAGGAUCAGGUGGUGGCGGCCAUGGUGGACCCGGCCCGUACUCUGGCCCCGGCAUGCAGUACCACCCAGGUCCUGGUGGUCCAGGCCCCGCCCCACAGCGCUCUGACUCCUCCCCCUCGUACCAGACCCACAAGAUGCCCCUCCAACAGUACCCGCCCUCUGGACCCCCAAACCCACAGUACUACAAGCAGGAACAGUUCAAUGGUCAGGGUGGAGGUUUAAACUCUCUGACAGCAGGGGGCGCUGGCGGCGUCUACAACUCCUUCAACCAACCGUCAGGGCCGGGUCGAGGGUUGCCAGGUUACCCCUCCUCCCCUGUACCUGGAAACCCGACCCCUCCCAUCACCCCCAGCAGCUCCAUGGCCCCGCCCUACAUGUCGCCCGGCAACAGUGACGUCAAGCCGAACCCAGCUUCCUUCCUGCCCGACAUCAAACCCAACAUGGCCGGCCUGCCUCCUCCUCCUCCAACAGGUAACCCUAGCGACGACCUGCGGCUGACCUUCCCGGUGCGUGAUGGUGUGGUUUUAGAGCCGUUCAGAUUAGAGCACAACCUGGCUGUCAGCAAUCACGUCUUCCAGCUGAGAGACUCCGUCUACAAAACGCUUAUCAUGAGACCGGACCUGGAGCUGCAGUUUAAGUGUUACCACCACGAGGAUCGACAGAUGAACACCAACUGGCCAGCCUCCGUCCAGGUGAGUGUGAACGCCACCCCUCUCACCAUCGAGCGAGGCGACAACAAAACCUCCCAUAAGCCUUUGUACCUGAAGCAAGUGUGUCAGCCGGGCAGGAACACGAUCCAGAUCACCGUCACCGCCUGCUGCUGUUCUCACCUGUUUGUGCUCCAGCUGGUUCACCGUCCGUCGGUCCGCUCGGUGCUGCAGGGUUUGAUGAAGAAGAGGCUGCUGCCUGCAGAGCACUGUGUCACUAAGAUAAAGAGGAACUUCAGCAGCGGCACCAUCCCUGGGACCCCCGGGUUAAAUGGAGAGGACGGCGUGGAGCAGACCGCCAUCAGAGUCUCGUUAAAAUGUCCCAUCACGUUCAGACGCAUCCAGCUGCCCGCCAGAGGUCACGACUGCAGACACAUACAGUGUUUUGAUCUGGAGUCGUACCUGCAGCUGAACUGUGAGAGAGGAACGUGGAGAUGUCCUGUGUGCAAUAAAACCGCUCUGUUGGAGGGUCUAGAAGUGGAUCAGUACAUGCUGGGGAUCCUCAUCUACGUUCAGAACUCGGAGUACGAGGAGAUCACCAUCGACCCGGUGUGCAGCUGGAAGCCGGUCCCCGUGAAGCCCGACAUCCACGUGAAGGAGGAGUCGGACGGUCCCGUGUUGAAGCGCUGCCGGACGCUCAGCCCGAGUCACAUGGUCCUGCCCAGCGUAAUGGAGAUGAUCGCAUCGCUAGGCCCCUCCUCCUCCUCCAACCCUGCCUCCGCCUCCUCCCCGAUGCCCUACCCGUCCCUGUCUGCAGGGGGCAGCAAUAACAGCAACAACACACCAGACUACCCCGGACCAGCUCCGUCCUAUCCCAGUCAGUCUGCUGGUUUCUCAGACUUCAGUGGUCCUGGGACUCCGGGAAUGGGGGGGGAUUUCUCCUCCCCAGGUCCUCCCCCUCUCUCCUACCAGUCUGAGCUCUCCAGCGCCCUCCUCACCCCCGACAAACCUCCCCCUCAUCCGCUGGCUGGACAGAUGUCGGUCUCAGGCCGUCUGGACUCCACUUCCCAUGGUGCUCCUCUCCCCCAGCAGCAGUCGCAGGGUCUCCACGGCAACUCCCAACUGGGGGCUAACAACCAGAUGAUGCAGCGUAGCAACCAGAAUCCCCGUCUCCAAGGCGACAGCUCCUUUGGUCUGGGAGGAUCCUCGGAGGUUCCAGAACCUUCUCUGGACUUGCUUCCAGAGUUGACCAACCCUGACGAGUUGCUGUCGUACCUCGGACCUCCGGACCUCCCGAACAACAACAACGACGACCUGCUGUCGCUGUUCGAGAACAACUGAACACUCUCACACACAAACACACACAUACUCUCACACACACACACACACACACACACACACACACACACACACAAACAUACUUUCAGAGACUUUAGUGUAUAAUACAAACUCUUUCUCUCCUCGCCCGCCAACAUGACGCGCGGUCCAACAUGGCCGCCGUCUGCACAGGUCGGAGCGGACGAUCAGAAGGAAACAAACAACCUUUUCAAAAUCGUUAAUGUGUGACUAUGAACUUGAUGGUAACUUUAUUUUAUUGUUUUUUUUUUAUCCUCUGAAACUGUAUUUUGAUGUUUCAUCCUUCAUUCCCAGUCGACAAAAUAUUUAAAGUGACGACGACGCUGCUGCUUUAACUACACACACACACACACACACACACACACACACACACACACACACACACACACACACACACACACACACACACACACACACACACACACACACACACACACACACACACACACACACACAGUCACUGCUGAAACUCUCCAAAUCACCCGUGUUUGUUUUUUAAAUCUCACAGGUUCAGUGAGUUUCUAUAAGAGAGAUGAAUCGGUCAGUCGGGGUUGAAGAGGUUCAGCAGUGAUGAGCCGUGGCUGUGUUUGUAAUUAAAGAGCGGUAUGGUCCUUUAAAGGCGGAAUAUUUCUGCUCCAUGAGACUUUUAAAUGUGUCGGUAUAAACAGUCCAAGAUGAGCUUUAAAGGAGUGAAGGUGAGAUGUGGAGACUCUGAAGACAAAGAACUGUUGAGAAACAUUUACACUCAGCCACAGAGAGAACGCGUCACUGUGAAGAUCCUUACAGCGUGUGUCCACCUGGCGUUUUCUUCAGGGAGAAAAGUGCUGGCUGUGCGCUGAGAAUAAAAGCUCUGCACGUGUGUCAUGUCUGUAUGACAUUGGUCUCUUGACUACAGCCGCUGUAUGACUGACACUGCUCUGUUGAUUUUUACUGUAUGUUUUAUAUUUCCUUCACUGAGCAUCAAACGGAGGAGGUCGGCCCUCCGAUGUUGACUGGAUGAUGAGCUUAAUAAUAACAAUGGCCGCCCAGCAAUCCUCUGAUCAGACACGGAGCAAAGAGGAUUUGGAUACAAGACACAAAAGAGACAAAAAUAAGAGGACUACAUGAUUGGCUGGAGCCUGCUGCAAACGCUCUCUUUGUGUUAGGAACAAUUUAAAAAAAGAUUCUGGCACGCAGAAAAAAAACGCCAGGUGGACACAAAACUCAACCAUCAAAUCAGGAUUUUAUCAAAGAUUCCAAAAACACAGAACUGCUGAUAAGUCAUCAGAAAAUAAAUAAACUUCACGUGUUUGACGUUAUGUCGAAAUAUUUUUAAAGAUUAAUCUAAAAACACUCAAAACUACGGCAGACAAUGAGGGCCAAAUUAAAGAAAUAUAAUCUGACAUUUUAGGAUUUAAUCGUGAUUUGACAAGAUUACAGUUGUAAGAGAAUAAAAAUGUAAUAUUAGGAGAAUAAAGUCUUAAUGUUACAAUGCCAAAGUCAUAAAUGUUUGGCUGUGGUUAGCCUGUAUUUUAUUUUGAAAGGGCAUAUCAGGAGAGCAGUCAGUCGCCUGCACUAUAAAGAGAACUGUGGAGCAACAAAGUGAAUUUCUACUUUAGUUAAAGUUUCUCAAAUAACUGAACACUUCCUGUUUGUCGAGCAGGCGGCUGGUCGCUCUUGAAAAAAGCAAACAGGCUGAAAUAAUGACUUCUUUUCAGGUUGUUUUACUUUUUUUUUCUCAAAUUACGUCUUAAAUCUCCAGAUAUAUUUGACUCUUGAGUGCGGCCCUCAUACUCCAUCGUACUAAAUCACAGAGAGAGGCACAGAUUGUUUCUUUAAUCUGUUUGAAUCUGAUUUUGAGCUUCAGUCACGAGAGAGAUCCAUCACAUGCCGUGUGUGUCUCAGUGUUUCAGGAUUAAUGCUGUUCAACUUUUAACAACAAAGAUGACGAGGAUCAAUCAGUGAGUUGAUUGGUCCCAAAAAAAUAAUCAGCAGCUCUCUUCAAAAUGCAUAUUUUUACAAUGAAUUGUCCCAAAAAAUGUGAGAAACAUCCGUUUAGUAAAAUGUGAAAAAAGA